GAAAGCUACCAUAUAUGCCUAUAUAUUUGCAUCCCAACAGAAAGCAAAUGAAUUGAACAACAAAGAUGUUAUCAUCAUCAACCAUGGAGAAAUUCCCCUCAUGCAUAUUCCUUCUCCUCCUAACCCUAACCACACAUAACUUGAUAAUUCCUUCACUCUCACUGAAAUGCAACCCAGCUGAAAAAGAAGCCCUACUGAAAAUUAAAAAAGAACUAGGCAGCCCAACCAAACUUUCUUCAUGGAACCCAACAACUGACUGCUGCAGCCACAAAUGGGAAGGUGUCCUAUGCGACUCACAAACCUACCGUGUCAACAAGCUUGAUCUCUUCGACCUCAACCUCCCCAAACACGUUCAAAUUCCACCCUCCAUAUUCACUAACCUCCCUUUCAUAAACUUUCUCUCUAUCGACAACAUCCCCAACCUCGUUGGCACUAUCCCGCCUUCCAUCUCCAAACUCACCAAACUUGAGGUCCUCAUCAUCAGCGGCACAAGCAUCUCCGGCGAGAUACCAAACUCACUCUCACAGAUUAAAACCCUAACAUCCAUCCUACUCACAGAUAACAAACUCACUGGUACCAUCCCCGCCACACUCUCCUCUCUCCCUGAUGUCUUUUCCAUCUACUUCAAUGGAAACCAACUCACUGGUACAAUACCAGAAUCCUACGGCUCGUUGCCAAAAUCCUUUAUGUGCUUUGGUCUCGCGGAAAACCGCUUAACCGGGAAGAUUCCGGCGUCUCUAGCAAAUUUGAACUUGGUGUUGGUGAACUUGUCAGGGAACGCGUUGGAAGGUGAUGCUUCUGUAUUGUUUGGGUCCAAGAAACGGACUGUGGAGCUAUCGUUAGAUAAGAACAUGCUGUCUUUUGAUAUUGGGAAAGUUGGGCUGCCAAAGAAUUUGACGUUGCUGAAUCUAAGCAAAAAUAAAAUCUACGGUGCGCUACCUAAGGGACUGACAAAGCUCAAGGUUUUGAGUGACUUUAACGUGAGCUACAAUAAUUUGUGUGGUGAGAUUCCAAUAGGAGGAAAAUUGCAAAACUUUAAUGAGUCUUCUUAUGCUCAUAAUAAGUGCUUGUGUGGCUCUCCUCUUCGACAUUGUAAGACUUGAAUUAAAUCUAUAAUAACAGAAGUGUAUUGAAAUAAAUAAGAGAAUUGAUUCGUCAAAAUGGUAGGAAUGAGUACCAAAGUGUGAUGUUAGAUCCUAUGUCAACUUGAUUGGUUAUUUGUAAAUGAUGUAGUGGAGUUUGGAAAAACUUUGAUGUUAAAUCCUAUGUUAACUCUUUAUGAAAUCCUAGUUUAUUUGAUAUAGUGGACUCGCACAAACCGUGAAGUUUUAUGUUAUUAUUAAUUUA